GGAAAGGUUUGUUAGUGAGUCUUUCAAUACAAAUGUUAAGUUGCUGUGUGUUCGUUAUUUGUAUUUAGUUAUUCUUGUUUUUCAAAUAUUCUAUUACGCUCGAUAUAUCAUUAUGCGUACAGAAACAAGAGGUGAAUUCCACUUGAAUUACUCUACUCCAGAUCCAAUAUCUUGUGUGACAUUCGCUCCGAAUUCAUCUCAAUUCCUUUUAGUUUCAUCAUGGGACCGAACAGUGUCUCUGAUGCAUAUUCAAAGUAAUUCCUUACGUGCCAAAUAUUUUCAUUCAAGACCUGUGCUAGAUGUUUGUUUCCAGGAUGCAAUACACGUGUAUAGUGGGGGUUUGGAUAAUGUCCUAAAAACCUUUGAACUGAAUACUCAAACAGAAUCUAUUAUUGGUAGUCAUGAACGACCUAUAAAAGUAGUAGAAAAUUGCCCAGAUCUUAAUUGUAUACUGACGGGAAGUUGGGAUACAUUAGUGAAAAUGUGGGAUCCACGCACUAACCGUUGUGUUGGAACGUUCAUGCAACCAGAUAAGGUUUAUACCAUGGGAAUAUGUGGUGAAAAAUUCGUUGUUGGAACCAAAGAAAGAAAAGUUUUCGUUUGGGAUUUGCGUAAUUGUGGUUAUGUUCUUCAAAGACGUGAAUCCAGUCUAAAAUAUCAAACAAGAUGUAUAAAGUGUUUUCCCAACAGACAAGGAUUUGCCUUAAGUAGUAUUGAAGGAAGAGUUGCUGUUGAGUAUUUAGAUUCUAGACCAGAAAUUCAAAAAAAGAAAUAUGCAUUCAAAUGUCACAGAAUUAAAGAAGAUGGCAUCGAAAGAAUUUAUCCUGUCAACACAAUAAGUUUUCAUCAGGGAUAUAAUACAUUUGCUACUGGAGGAAGUGAUGGAUAUGUGAACAUUUGGGAUGGCUUUAAUAAAAAGAGGUUAUGUCAAUUCCAUAGAUAUCCUACUUCAGUUUCAUCUUUGGCAUUUAGUCAUGAUGGAUCAAUUCUGGCAAUCAGCUGUUCCUCUGUUUACGAAGAAGCCCCUUCAGAAAACCCUGUUGAAAGUGCAGUUUAUAUAAGAUAUGUAACAGACCAAGAAACUAAACCCAAAUAAUAUUUUUGUAAUUAAUUUUUUAUUUGUACAUAAAAUGGUUAAAUCAGUAUAGCCAUUUCUUUAAAAACUUAAUAUUUCUAAAGUGGAAUAAUCCAUUUUGUUAAAAUUGAGCAUUAUGAUCUUAAAGUGAG